AUGGCUCAAAGUACCGUCCUCGUUGCCUUGCGUGCUCCCAUGGUCCUAACCUCUCAUUUUGCGCGACAUUUAUCGCCUCAGCUCUCGGCUUCCUCUCUUCAUGGCCUUCGCCUUGGAGUAGUAGGGAUCUAUGAAGUCCUCUGUACAGCAGAACCAGACUAUUUCGACAUAAACGAGGCUGCCGGCAGACCCUUCACGGAUAUUGCUAACGUUGCCAGGACGAACAAGCGAACUACCGUCCGCAUCAUAGUGAGGAACAAGUACGAUGAGCGCAAACGAGAUAGGAGUUCCCGAUCCGAUGCGUCAAAGUGGACAACAGAGUUCGAGGCAUCAGGCUUGACUACACGCGCAGUACAGAAUCAAGUACAGAAUCAAGUCCAGACAAUGGCGGCCCAGGUGGAGCUGAAGGAGGUGGAGAUUAAGAGGUUGCGCCUUGAGAAGCGAUCGAAAGAAGCUCCUGUCUGGAGACAUGGCCCUCCGACAGCUGCGACCAGAUCAGUACUACUGGAGCAGAAUAAGCAAGGCAGCAAAAUCAGUUCUGAAGGCUACGGGGACGAGGACGCGUCCGGAACCGAGGAUGCGGUUGCUACUUGGGAUUGCCCCACGGCGGAGGACAAAGCUCAGCGUUUGGAAAUAUCAGAUCGACAAAAAUUCAAUAGCAAGAACAAGAACAAGCUGAUUGUGUUUGCUGGUACGGACUACGGACUACGGACUACGAACUCUGUACCGUGGCUUUAUUGAACAUCGCAUAGAUGAGAUGAGAUGCUCUACUUUUAAAAAAAGAUGCACAAAUCCUGGUCUACCUGG